AUGGUGUUCAUGGCAAAGUACCUUGUUAGGGCCUUCUCUACAUCUUUGGGACGCCAUAGCCCCAUCAAGACUGUCGCAAUAAUUGGUAGUGGGUUGAUGGGUUCUGGAAUUGCUCAAGUGGCCGCAGCAAAUGGCCAUACAGUCACAGUUGUGGACCAGACAGACGAAAUUAUUAACAAAGCCACAGCCGCCAUUAAGAAAAGUCUUGGGCGAGUAGUCAAGAAGAAGUUUCCUGAUGACCCUAAAGCUCAGCAGACGUACAUCAGUGAUGUCAUGAGUCACCUGACGUUGCAGACAGAUGCUAAAGCUGCUGUGAAAUCUGCAGACCUAGUCAUUGAAGCCAUUGUAGAGAAUUUAGAAAUUAAAAGAAAACUGUUUGCAUCCCUUGACAAAGCUGCACCUCCAAAUACAAUAUUUGUUAGCAAUACAUCAUCAAUUCCCAUCAGAGAUAUUGCUACAGCCACCAAUAGGCUAGACAGAUUUGGUGGUCUGCAUUUCUUCAAUCCUGUGCCAGUUAUGAAACUAGUUGAGAUUAUUAGACUCCCAGAAACAACUGAUGAAACGUUCACUGCACUUGAGUCUUUUGGGAAAGCUCUAGGCAAGAAGACUGUCCAAUGCAAGGACACUCCGGGUUUCAUUGUCAACCGACUACUUGUGCCUUACAUGUUGGAAGCAGUUCGACUUGUAGAAAGAGGUGAUGCGACUCCACAAGACAUAGAUGUGGCCAUGAAGCUGGGAGCUGGGUAUCCAAUGGGACCGUUUGAACUUUUGGAUUAUGUGGGGCUGGACACAACUAAAUUCAUUGUUGAUGGUUGGCAUCAAAGAGACCCAGACAACCCACUGUACAGGCCCUCAGAGAUCUUAAACAAACUGGUGGCCGAAAACAAGCUGGGCAUAAAGACAGGCCAGGGUUUUUACUCUUACAAUAAUAAAUAA